GCCACUUCAAGAGCUCAGAACUCAGAAGGGACUCUUCCUUUUUAUAUUGGAAACAAUUAUUCUCACACCCAGCAGUUCUGACAUCUCUCUCUCUCUCUCUCUCUCUCUCUCUCUCUGUUGCUUUGUUGCUUGCUUUAUGUUGAAGGUCAGAUAGAGAGACAACUCAGACAAAGGAGGAGGAAAGGGAAAAUGGGUGUGGGAACGAGCACUUUUGUAAUCAGAUGGAUCAACUUUCUCACCAUGCUUUUAGCUGUAACUGUCAUAAUUUUUGGGAUAUGGAUGAGCACCCAUCAAGAUGGCUGUCGAAAGUCCCUCACUCUCCCUGUUUUGGGCCUUGGUGCUGUUAUCUUUGUGGUAUCUAUAAUCGGGUUCUUUGGCGCACUCAAAAACAGCUCCAUACUCUUGUGGAUCGUAUCCUUUUCAAAAUGAGUUUAUUUGUGUCGUGUACAACAUUAUUUCGUUUCUCUUUCUUUAUUUUCUGGGUGCGCCUUGACGUGUUUCACUUGCAGUAUCUGAUCAUGUUGUGCUUCAUUCUGGUGGGAAUUCUAGUAUUCACUGUAUUGGCGUUUAUUGUAACAAAUAAUGGAUCUGGUCAUAGCGUUGUUGGUUUGAGGUAUAAAGAGUAUCAACUUCAAGACUAUCACUCAUGGUUUCUAAAACAGCUGAAUGAUACCGAAAAAUGGAAGCGCUUGAAGAGCUGUCUUGUGAAAUCUGAAGAUUGCAAUAACUUAUCGAAGAAGUAUAAGACCCUUAAACAAUAUAAAUUGGCAAAACUGAGCCCCAUUGAGGCUGGCUGCUGUCGACCGCCGUCUGAGUGUGGUUAUCCUGCUGUGAAUGCAUCAUACUAUGACUUGAGCUUUCAUCCAGUUAGUUCCAACCAUGACUGCAAACUUUACAAGAACUCCCGGGCCAUCAAGUGCUAUAAUUGUGAUUCCUGCAAGGCUGGUGUUGCACAAUACAUGAAAAUCGAGUGGAGAGUGGUUGCAAUCUUCAAUAUUGUUUUGUUUCUUGUCUUGUCGAUGAUAUACUUUGUCGGAUGCUGCGCACGACGAAACGCUGCCCAGAGCCAGAGCCGGAGCCGGAGCCGUUCGAAAGCUUGAGGAGGACCUAUUAUUCAUGCUGUGGGUUGGGAAGUUUGGGAGGCCUUUUACAAGAAACUUUGAAUUCAAUAGUGUACAAAUUUUUAAUUUCUGAUGAAAUGGAAACAAAUUGUGUAAUUUAUGUACUUGGUGAGCAAUAUUCUUCCAUCCGAUUCCUAUGAGUAAUGAAUCACAAUUCCAAAUCU